AUGGACAAAGUUGUCAGAAAAGAUGCAGAAGAUCUGCUCAGUGUCAGCAUGUCCAGUGAGGUGCAGCCGAGACCAGACGACAGCCCUAACACCAGUGGGGGAAGCUCAGAUGCCGAGCAGAGGGAGGCGGCUCCUCCGGAGCAGCCUGGCCCGGAGCAACGGGACCAGUCCCAGCCCAAGAAGAAGGAGGCCAAAAUUUCCAGCAAGACAGCAGCCAAGCUCUCCACCAGUGCCAAGAGAUGUAACAUUGUGCUGAUUCAGUUCAUGAAUCCAGAAGGAGCUGGCAGAGAUAACCUUGGAUCCACCGCCAAAUUGCAGAUUAAGGACAUUACUGGUGCUGACUUCAGCCCAAUAACCAUCAGAUGGCAUUUGCAAAGGGAGGGCUUUAAAAUCAAGAAACGUUUUCAAAGGCCACAUCUCCUUCAACACCACAAUAUUGCCUGUUUGGACUUUGCAAGCAAGCGAGCAAUAAUCAAGCCGACAAUGGAGCUCGGCGGCAGCCAGCUGCCCUGCAGUGAAAUGCCAACAAGCAGUGAGAAAACAGUUCUCAACACCUUCCUGUUUAUCGCUGGGCCUAAAGGAGACAACAUCUACGAGUGGAGGUCAACGAUUCUGGGCCCACCAGGCUCUGUGUACGAAGGAGGAGUGUUUUUCCUGGACAUUGCCUUUACACCGGACUACCCCUUCAAACCACCCAAGGUGAGUGAUGCCCCGCAGCUGUGCAACACAGAGCCCCCCCAACCCUCGAGCAACCCAAAGGAAAGGAUUGACCUUUAA